AUGGUGUUAGAUAAAAUGAUUAUCUUUCAUUUGCUUCUUUGGUUGUGCAAUGUGGUUGUCCACGCUGCCAAGGUUGAAAUACUCCCAGCUCCACAGUCAGUAACCUGGGAAAAUGACACAGCAAUUAUUAUAAAUCCAAGAUUGUUACAAGCCAACACCUCCUGUCCACUUUUAGAAGAUGCAUUUGUUAGAACUGUCUCGGCAAUAGAAAAGCUGAAAUGGCACCCUUUCCCCAUUGAUGACUUUAACACUGCAAAUGGAAAAAAUAUUAAAACAUCUUUAGUACAUAUCCAAGUAGACGAUGCUACAGUCGACUUGCAACUUGGAGUUAAUGAAUCUUACACCUUGAAAAUUAAUACAGAUGGAAUUAAUAUCCAUGCAGCAACCACCUGGGGAGCAUUACAUGGCUUGGUUAGUCUCCAACAAUUGAUAAUCCAUACCUCCGAGGACAAGUAUGUUGUACCCCUGUCGGUGACAAUUUCUGAUUUUCCCAAUUUCAAACAUAGAGGAUUGAUGAUUGAUUCAGGUCGGAACUUUUUAACAGUGGACUCAAUACUUGAACAAAUAGAUAUUAUGGCCUUGUCAAAAAUGAACUCCUUACAUUGGCAUUUGGCGGAUUCACAAAGUUGGCCUGUGGCAUUAGAAAGUUACCCACACAUGAUAAAAGACGCAUACAGUAAUGAUGAAGUUUAUUCCAAGAACGACUUGAAGUAUAUUGUUGAUUAUGCUCGUGCAAGAGGUGUGCGCGUGAUUCCAGAAAUUGACAUGCCUGGUCAUGCUAGAGCUGGAUGGAAACAAGUCGACCCAACAAUAGUUGAAUGUGCUGAUGCAUUUUGGACAGAUGCCGCUGUUGAACCACCACCAGGACAAUUGAACAUCGAGUCAGAGAAAACCUAUGAGGUAAUUUCUAAUGUCUACAAUGAGUUGUCGGAUAUUUUCAUUGAUGAUGUUUUCCACGUUGGAAAUGAUGAAUUACAAGAAAAAUGCUAUUCGGCUCAACUUCUGCCAAAUAACACAGUUACAGACUUGUUAAAGCGAUACUUAAAGAAAGCUUUGCCAAUUUUUAAUAAGGUCAAUCACCGGAAACUAACCAUGUGGGACGAUGUUUUACUAUCUGACGUAUCAGCAGACAAGAUCCCUAGCAACAUCACUUUGCAAGUUUGGCAUGAGAUUAGUGGAGUCAAAAACUUGACUUCCAGGGGAUAUGAUGUUGUAGUGUCGCUGUCUGACUUUUUGUACCUUGAUUGUGGUAACGCUGGAUGGGUUACAAACGAUCCUCGAUAUGUUGAAACCCCAGAAAACGUUGACUUUAACACAGGUCAAGGAGGAAGUUGGUGUGGACCUUAUAAGUCUUAUCAACGAAUUUACAACUUUGAUUUCACUGCUAAUUUGACAGAAACAGAAAAAAACCAUGUUUUAGGUGCUGAAGCUGCUUUAUGGUCGGAGCAAGUUGAUUCUACUGUCUUGACUACAAAGAUAUGGCCACGUACUGCAGCACUUGCUGAAUUGACUUGGAGCGGGAACAAGGAUUCCAACGGACACCACAGAGGGUAUGAAUUCACUCAAAGAAUAUUAAACUUCAGGGAGUAUUUAGUCAAAUUAGGAUACGGGGUUUCUCCUUUGGUGCCAAAAUACUGUUUGCUCAAUCCACACGCUUGUGAUUUGUACAAAAAUCCACCAGUUUAUUGA